GCCGGCUUUUAUGGUUUAAAUUUCGAACGAUAAUCGAAAUUAGUCGUCAACGCUCAGAGAAUAAAUUUAUUUGUUCACUCGAAUAUUUAGGGAAUAUAAAUAAAAAGUGGCAAGAUGAUCGACAUACUAUCGCUGCCACGCCGCAACAAGGUGUCCGGAAAUCCGGCCCUGCUGAAGAUGAUCUCGUUUAAGACCGGACUGCCCAUAAACAGCUUGCCGGGAUGGGAACUGAUUCCGCUCAACUGCAAGCUGCCUAUGCUCAAGUGCCCCGGAAAUCAAGUCAUAUUCUCGAAGAACAAGAUCGGGCAAGAUUUCAAGAGCGGCAAGCAGGAGUUCGAGUGCUCCGUCACCGAGCACAUUCCCGAGUACAAUCCGUUGCACGACUCCAAUCUGAAGACCUUCUACUCCAACGAGCGCAAUCUGAAGCGUCUGCGGGAGAACGGCGAGAUUACGCAGGAGAACGAUGUGAUUUGCAACCUGAAGGACUUCAACCAGCACCGCCAGGAGUUGCAUAAGUCGCAGCUGUACUACAUUUUGCAGGCGUACAAGCGGCGAGAGUCGGAGCAAUAUGAUCGCAUGUUGAUCGCUAAUGCAGAAUCGAUCACGAAGAAGGAUCAUCAGAACCUGGCAGCUCGGCACCAGUGCACCGAGGAGGUCCUUGCCAGGAAGCAGCAGCAGGAGGAGGAGCGCCAUGAAAGGAAGGUGCACUUGUUAAAUAUUACGUACGAGAAGUUUAAGAGGUUGGAGAACCUGGCCACAAUGCAAAACAUGCUGCUUGAGCACCGCAAGAUGCUCACAAAUAUGCGAGUAGCUGCCCACGUCAGCAUGUGCCAGGAUAUCAUGAGGAAGCUCCUAAUCAAGCAGAAGAAGCUCUUCCAGUUCAAAAAGGACCGCUUCAACAAGAACAUGCGCAUCCUGAGAAAGCAAAGGCUGAUGAAGAACACGGAGCACCAGAUCCAGUCAUGGAAGAAAAGACUGGAUGAACGGAUCGCCAAUCAGCGAAGGAUCAACUACCUCUUGCAGGAGGUGGAAAAGGAGCGUGAGGCGUUUAUAGAGAGGCACAAGGCAAUAUACAGGGAUAAGUGGCAGCGGAUACAGGACGAGAUUAAGGAGAGAUCUCAGAAGUCCAUCGCUGCUCGUCAGCCCAAGAAAAAGCGCCGCAAGAACAAGAAGAAAAAGAAGCCGAUAAUUGAACCACGUAAGCCAUCCUUUUGCGAUGAGUACCAGGCCACCUUUGAGGGUUUGCUGGACAGCGAUCUCUGCUACGCCUUGAAUGCAGCCAUUGCUAUGGAGGGCCAGACCGCUCUCAGCUUCGCCCCAGACGAUCCUAUAUACAAGGCGGCGCAGUACAUACUGGACUACAUUAUAGCCGGCUUUAACGAGGAUCUCAGCGAGGACGAGUGCGCCCUGCAGGUGUUGAUUACACGCAUCCGAGACUUUGUCUGCGAUGCGAAGAAAUACGUCCACUACAAAGCCUUCCAGAUCAUCGGUUUUGCCAGGGACCACAAGGCCAUGGAAGUGCCGCCGUCGGUGGCCAAGCCGCCGAAGAACCAGUCGCGGGCCUCGCACGUCUCCUUCAGCGGUGUGGCCAGCACCAUUGGCGUAGGCAGCUACGAGAUUCAUCCGUUUGUGGACGUGCGCCCCUGCGGCGAGCGUCGACCCACGCCGGCGGGUUCCCUGGCCUCGCUGGUGGUAGAGAAGAUCGGGGAGCAGGUGAUCCAGGACAAGGUACGCCUGCCGCACCUGAACCGCAACCAGAUCGUGUUUAUCGAGCACUAUCUGGUAAAGUUUAAGCGGGAUCUGCUGGUGGGCCUAGACAAACUUGUCUUUGCGGCCAUCCAGUGCCACUUUGAGAACCGCAUGAUGGAGGUGCGCGAGGAGCUGCUGCUGCUGGACAGGAACUACCUGUUCGAGCAGAUUGCACGAGGGAUUCUUAGCUUUGCACUCAAUCCGCUCAACUACCAGUCGGUGAUGAAGCUGGCCGUGAGCGUUUUGUCCUGCGAGAUCAUCUGGGAGCUGCAGCAGACGAUGCUCAAGCCGGGCAUCGAUCCGCGGGGCCAGAAUCACCCUGUGACCUGCGGAUCUGAGCGGGAGCGCGAAUCCUUAGCUCUGUGCAUACCCUAGAAUCCUCACACGAAAGGAGACCCGGAAAUCUUUCAGAGUAUAAUUAUAUAAAUUCAAAGUAUAAGCUGGAUAAUUUCGCACUUAUUAUGGAGUAAUCAUAUUUCAGACAUUCAGAUGUACAAAAUUUAUGUGAUAUGUUUUUGUUUCGUUUUGAGAUAAAUAUAAUACGUUGUUUGCAGGAGACCCGAAUAUCAAA